CAAUGAAAUGUUUGCUCAAGCACCAAGAGAACAAAUUUUAGUUGUUUUGAACUAAUUUCUAUUUGAUGCACCCUUUGUUGUUCUUCUAUAAAACCUUAAAAUUUUGGCCAGAAAAAUGUGUACAAUUCAAGAAAAAAUGGUGAAUAAACUAUCCUCCUUAGGUUGAAUAUGGUGUCGAUAUAUUUGCAACAAAAAUGCUUAAAAAAUGGGAGCACGUACGUGCUUAGAAAGUUCUUAAAAAGUCUUUGAAUUUUUUCAUUGGAUGACUGUAGAAACCCUGAAGUAAUUAUUGAAGUUAACAUACAUGUUUUGUGUCAUUCCUUACAUCAGAAUGACUGUCAGAUCAUAAGAGACUAUAAAAUUUAAAAAAAAAUGUGACUGCUAGACACCGUAUACUGUCUACUGAACACUGUGCAUUAAACUACUACAACCCGUUCAUUUAAAUUUGUUUUUCUUGCUGGACUCUGUACACAAAGCAAUGCCGAUUUUCGCAAAUUAUGCUAAAACCAGCUCUAGAUCAAGGAUAACCACUCAAAUACAAGUAGAGGGAAGUCUGUAUUUUGUAUAAAAACGGAAUUUGAUACAGAAAUAUAAACGUUUUGUCCUUGAUUUUGUAGAAAAUAUCCAUAUCGUUCGCAAAUUUGCAUUUAAUUUGAAAGUGAAGGAGUGAUCCUUUCAUAAAAUCAGAAUGAAAAACACAGUCAUUUUAAUAUAAUGUUGGAAAGAAAUAAUAUUUGCAGGAAACCUCCUCAAAAUAUGGAUUUGAACAUUCUAUUUGUAAAUGCGAGUAGCAGUCUUAAUUCGUCCGACUUUAUUCCGAUCGAAGGUCGAUCUGUUUUCAGUUUGACUUGCUGUAAAAUUUACAGAGAAGAACUGAAUAUAAGAAGAGCUUUCAUUUGACGUUUUAAAAUUACAAAAUGAGAUCUGGGAAUCUCAUUUGUCAUUCUAAAAUAAAAUGUUAAGGAUAGUUCUAAACUAAAAUCUACAGGAUAGUUCUUUAACUUGCUAUUUAAAUGCUCAGAUAUUUAAGUUCUGUUUUACAAUACUUUUUUUUUCAAAAUAAAUAACCCUACAAGAAUUUAUUAUGGCAUUGUUAUGCAAACUGGGCUAUCAUUUCUAUAUGACUUUGCACUGGAAACUAACUUAAGACGAAAAUAUCAAAAUAUGCUUAAUAUUCUUUAUAGAUUAUGUCAGACAAUCAAAUGCGUAAAAGAACGCAAAUCAUAAAGAAUGCACUCCAAGAUAAAAAAAAUGGCAAAGUUACGUCGAAAAGUACAGACUGGCAAAUAAUCUUCUUUUUAUCCCGGUAGAGUUUACAUAAUUAAAAAAUUAUUAUCAAGAUUUUCGUGUUUUCUCCUUUUUUUCAGAGAACAACAUUUCAUUAAUAGUUUGGCAAAGUAACUAUCACAAUGAUGAACAAGACCAUUGAGGGCAUAUUUGGCGAUCCAACGACGCAGUUUAACUUUUGCCUACAUGACAAGCUGAAUUCAGUGCAAAAUUGCACAAAUGGUUUAUUUGCUUCUCUCCCGUUACAAACUCAACAAUAUCUGUGGUCCCGAAUCUUUGACAAUGCUUCGGAAAUCGAUAUUGGAAAUGAAAACAAAACAGAGAAUGGAAAGAUUGAUUUAAGUGUAAUGCCCUUAAUAUUUGGAGCUCUGUUGUUGCUUCUAGUAGUUAUAGUGAUGAUGACGAAUGGGUGUAUUUUAAAAAUACGAUCUUUUAAAAAGGUAUGGAAAAAGAAUACCAUUAUAAGAGUGCCAGAAAUUGAAGACGAAAAUGUUCACAUAGAAAUGCAAUUAUUAAGAGAAGACAAUUCAUCAAAAGAAGAAAACGAAAGAAGUACGCUUUUGCAAUAUGAAAAGGAAACAAAUACGGAUGAUGAUACAUCAACUGGAUAUGGAAGUCAAAGUUCAAUUCUCACCGAACAUUGCAGUUGGCAAAACAGUUGUGAACUAAUAUCCACAAACAUAAGCAACCAAGUAGAAAAAGAUCUUUUCAAAGGGAAUUUAACUUUACCUGAUGAAACGCCGCAUUCUAGUGUCUUUGUCAAAUAUGAAAUGAAGUCUGAAACACUCGAUUCAUUCAUUGCUAAAGAGAAGGUUGCAGACAAUUAUAAUUUAGUUAAGACGAAAAUAACGGUUUUGCAAUCUCCAACCAAGAAUAUCGACCCUAUGGAUUGCUCCACAAUAGUUGAGAAUUCCAAUGGUGUUAGCGUUUUAGAAGGUACAAAUCUUGAAAUAGAACGACUUGACUGGUCACGUAUAUUUUGCUUUCUCAUCAAACAAAUAGAUCCAAAGAUCUACGAAAUAUUUUUUACUCAUCUUCUUGAAAACGCAGGCGCUACGAAUGUAAACAAUAUAAUUGAAUCAGUCAAACGGGAAAAAAAUUCUGUAAUGGGCACAUUGUUUGCAUUGUUUCAACGCUGGAUGUAUGGAGCAGGUUCGUCUGCAAAACCGAAGGAUAUUGAAGUGGUGUUUGAAACUCUUGAGUGGAACGCACAGCUUAAAUAUUUUCGAGAAUUUAUGAGGAAUCCACCAUAUUUGCCAGAAAACAGGAGCUGGACUAAUUUCAGCAUUCCGGACUAUCGGACUGUCGAAACUGGGCAAGUGCUCCUCCCACAGCCCCAGUUAUUUCAGAUACAAUCUUCAGAUAAAGGACAAUCUCAAAUCAGAGAUAUUUCACUGCUUUCUGAAAACAUAGAAGAAAAGGUUUGUGUAAAAACUAUAAAUAAUGAUAGUGUUUACGAAAUUCAUCGAAAGAUACGACGGAGAAGAUGCCAUGAUGACUCUGAAGUAAGUACAAAAUACAUGAGACUUGACGAUAGGUCAACGCAUGAUAGAGAAGAAAAGAUAAGCCUUCAGCAUCAGAAUCGUAAGAGAGGAAAGGGCAAUCAUAAAUCUAAAUACAGCAAAAUGGUGCACGAUAAAACUCGCGUUUCUUUAUCUAAAAGAAAUUCAUUUAAUGCACAUUGUCCGCCAAAUAUGUUCUCAGCUGAACUGCCAUCGGAAACACAAAUAUCUACAUCAAAACCGACUGAAUUACUUUCUUCAAGUUCUUCAACAGAAUUUAGCUAUGCUUUCAGCUCUGGUUACGGUUCUGGGUCAUUAAUUAAUGAUGAUCUUACAUCAAACUUAAAUGAAUCAAAUCAUACCUGUAAUGAAGGUUUACAUGAAAGUAUAUCAAAGCCUGAAAGCAGUGAGUUUAUAAGUAAACCGUUAAGUUUUUCAGCGAAUGGCAACUGUCAGUAUCACAGACAACCACAGAUAACUAUGAAAUUCAAAAGUAAAAGGUAAACGUUGGAAUGUUUGUCCAAACCCGAGGACAAAAAGAAAGCAAAAUCGACGGAAACAAGAAACUGGCAAUAAAAAUAGUUUAACACAAGACGAGGAAACGCUAUUCAAGAAUAGGCGGAAUCAAAAAGGAUGUAAACAAGAAAAAAUAUUCUUAGAUGAUGCGGUGACUGAAGCUAUUAUUCGUGAUUUACUUGAUAGACUGACACCAAAAAUGGAAGAUGUUGUUUCGUUAAGAUUUCGGGCCUAUAGAGACGCAGAUUGUUUGAUUACAUCAUGGAAUGAAAAAAUCUUUGUAAUAUCUUCAAGUAGGCAAUCUAUGUUAUUAAGGGAAAAUGAAUGGAAUACCAUUAGAAAUUAUGUAAACACAGUUAGGAAAUUAUUGUAGUCUAAAUUACGGUACAAAUUUUACAGGGAUGAUGCUUUCUUAUAUUAAACACAAAUGGCAGACAAUUUAUUUAAUAAAUUGAUCUGUAUCUUAACUUAGAACGGUUUGAAAACUGAACUGCUCAAUGAUCAAAUAUAUAUUUCACUUGUUUACAGAAAUUUACUUUGUAUAAGUUAUUUUCUAUAUAUCAUGAUAACGAUGUGUCUUAAAACAUAAAGUCGGCAUUUAGCCACACCAUGUCAAUACAUUGUGACUUUUAUGAAAACCAUUGCCGUAGAGACAAGAAAUAGAAUGUGUGUCUUAUUUUGCUGUGGAUAAUUGUUUGGAAAUAUUGAUGGCAUAUUGUGUUUAAAUGAUAUGGAAUGGAAAUAAUACUGAAUCGUAAAUUUUUUCCAUAAAUUUUUCAAAAUUCUUUAUUUCAAAUUCAAAGGAAAAAAAACAUCGUAUUCAAUGUAUUUUUAGAAUAAAUAUGCAUGCAUGUGAAAUAAUGGAACAAAUCUUGCAAAUCAUUAGUAUCGGAAAUACUGAACUUAGGCUAUUAAUUACAUUUUAAAUUAACUCACACUAAUUGAGCAAAGAAUUGCAAUCCAACGCUCGACAGAAUCUGUCUCGUCAAUCUGGAUCAAUGACCAGACUUCUCCACGCUCCAUACUGUGCUUUCCCAUUGGUACUGUGAAUGGGAAUGUUACCAGGACGGCGUUCAUUGAAAGUCGCUAUCUCUUGUUGAUAUUUGUCAGUGAUAUUCUAUAUCAGUUUCAUUUGGUGAUUGGCCCGGUCAAGAAAACUGUUGACAAACAAAAUUCAUUCUUAGUAGUCAAUAGAUUUAUAUGAAAUCAUCGUUCGUUUCAAAACAAACUUAGCAAUUAUACACUUAGAAAUACAUUUUAUUUCAUCGUCUUCCUUUCUUAAUAAAACAAAGUUACCGUUAAUAUCGGAUCAGAAAAAAAGGAUUAGUGGUUUUUAGUACUUUUGACAUAUAUUUUUCUGCAAUUAAGUAAUACAGUAUCUAUUUUUCUUUUUGUAAAAGGUUAUGGUUAAGAAUGAAAAUAGUGCAAAAUUGGCCUUUAUGUUUAUGGAGUAUUUAUUGCUAUCAGUUGCCAUUUAAAUAUCAGUAUAUUUUAGUUACUACCAAAGUAUGUAAAAACAAGACGUUGUGGUCUCAAUAACCAUUGAUUUUAGUUAUUUGUUUUGACAAACAAUAUUAUAGCCACUUCCAAAUUAUCGCUAAAAGAAUCCUUUAACAUACAAUGGUUAAGUUCCAGCACAAUAAUUUUGUCUGUUAAGAAACCAUCUUUCUUAGUUACGAUACGACGGUGAGUAGCAACGAAUGAUAUCAAUGUAUCGGCGGGUGAUUUAAGAUACUGAGUCACAGUGUCAAAUUUGUUGAUAAGAUUGACUUUCGACUAUGUUUAUGAAAUAUUGUUGAUAACAAUAUCCGUUAAAGUGAUAAAAAAAUUAGUUCUUUAUGAAUCAAAAUCUGCAUUAUCAUUUGACCAUUUGAGUUGACUUUAACAAUUGUUAAAUAAUAAUGGAGACACACCAGGGGAGGUACCUAGAAUGAUCAAUUGUACUCUUCGACCUUUAUUGCUGCUGUAGUUUUGUUUGAUUUUAUCUUAUAAUAGACAACUUUAAUUAUUAAAUGUUUAUAUGGCAUAUGAUUAUUUGUUGUGACAUUUAGAACCUGCCUAACUGUUUCUCAAUUUUAACCAUUGUUUGGUACUGAGUGCGCAUGUAGACUGUAAUGCAAUGGACAAAUGUAUGUCGCGUGCAACUACCAUAACUUUGGGUGUCUUGAUAGCAAAAUACAAACGUUUGAAUUUUCAUACUAUGCUCAAAUUUGAUGUUUGAAAAUAUUGAUAAUUGCUAUUCAGUACCUUUGUAAAUAUAAAAUGAACAUGUUUCGACUUCAUUCAAAGUAGGUAUGCCAUGUUUAAAACUCUAUUCACUUUUAUAUAAUAUGUUUCUGCGAUAAAACUAAAAAUAAGCAUAGUAUAUCUUUAUAUAAUUAUUGUUAUGCAGAGUUGCUUAAAUAAAAUUUAGAUGUGGCAUAGCCCCUGGUCGUCUACAGAUUAGGCGUUAUAUGUACAAAUUUACAUUCAAUAAUAGGGAUGUUGAGAAGUUAUGCUUCCUUCUAUCUGAUGAAUAAAUUAUAAUUUUCUCUGCCUAAUCCUGUUUAGAAAUACUUGAAAUUAGUACAAACAGUUUAUUUAAAUAAGUGCUUCGUAAAAAGUGGAAUGCUAGUCGUACACUACAUAAUUAUAGAUAAAAUAAUGUUUCAUAUAUGUUUUGAACAGGUAGAGUGAAUUCUAUUGAACAAGUCUUUUUAUUUCUGCAUAGAGUAUCACAACUGACAGAAAUAAUGUAAUGUCUUAUGACGUAACUUAUUGAACAGCUCAUCCAUAGCUGUUAUUUUCUUUUAACAUAUUUAUCAUAAUGCAAAUGUACCAUAAUCUUACAUUUUUGUUUUUUUUAUCAAAUUUCUAUGAAUUCUUUUUUUUUUUCAAUAUUAGUUAAGGUUUUAGCCCCAUAAUGGACACUAUAAGUAACUAUAAAAUUGACAACAUAGGUCAGUUAUAUACUUUAAAAGACACAAGAAUCCAAAAUUUAAACAAAGUUUACCGUAUGGUUUACGAGCUAUGGAGAUUUUUCUAAAGUAAAACUUGGCUAUUAGAAGGGCUCUUUGUCAGAAAUGAGAAACUCUAAGUAUUCUAUUUUAUAAUCAUUAUGAACUAAUGUUUUCCUAUAGAAUUUUUUAAGAAACAAAUAAUAGCAUUCAGCUUACAAAUGACCCAGCAAAAUUAUUGUUUCUACUCAAAAUAUUUGAAAUAUGUAUAUAAAUGUUACCCUACCCCACCCAUUUUAAGUAGUUGUUUGAUCAUUUUUCUUCUUAGAGGGCCUUAUUCAAAAUAUCCCUAAAAUUUACUCAAAUCAGGGGCUGUUUUCAAAGUUUGCAUAAAUUUUCUUAAAGGUAUAUUGGUUGCGCUUGUCAAAUAUAAAAUACUUUUAACGUCUAGAUUUUAUUUUAUUAGACUUUGAAAAUACAAGGUACCAUAUUUGAUAAUAAAUUUGGCACAGUUUAGCCAAUAAAUACCAAUAAUAACAUUAUAAUUAAAAUGAAACACUUUUUUCUUAUCAAGAGUGAUCUGAGAGACACAAAUAAUGUUCAAAGAAAAAAAACAGAAAGAAAAAAAAGUUGCCUCUUCCGGGGCUUGAACCCGCGCCCCUCAGUUUCAAUGCAGUUGACAGUAGUUCUAGCCUAUUUGAGUACUCUUCAAAGUGGAGGUAAUGCAUUAGGUGGGUCAUACCCUAUAUUUUAUCAUUUAAAACAUGUUGCUUGAAAAAUUACAUGUUAAUAUGACUUGAAUGUCUGUUAUAACUCUGUAUAUAUUUGCAAUGCUUAAUUGGGCGUAGACUUGUAUACUGUGAUAUUUUAUGUUGUAACAUUGAUGAUACAGUAAACUAUCUAUUAUAAAAGUGAAUUUGUCUACAAUGGAUGUUCUGUCAUACAAUAACUAAUUAAUGUUGAUAGCGUUAAGUA